UUUUUGGUCGAAAAUUGACAUUUCUGUUCAUCCUCUUGGAGUUCGAUGUCCAUCCCUCUGCUGAAACGAACCCUGUCGUCAAUCCGAAACCCAGGAUUUAAGCUCCCAUUUUCCCCUUCAUUCUCCUCUUCCUCGCCGUCGGCAAAACCCUCGAUCUCGACCGUGGUUUCAGUUCUCACUCACCACCGCUCAAAAUCCCGCUGGCGAUUCCUCAACUCCCUCUGCCCCGACGGCUUCGAUCCCGGCGAGUUUUCCGAUAUCGUCCUCCACAUCAAGAACAAUCCCCAUCUCUCCCUUCGAUUCUUUCUCUGGACUCAGAACAAGUCCCUCUGCACUCACAAUCUCGUUUCCUACUCAACCGUCAUCCACAUCCUUGCCCGCGGUCGCCUCAGAACUCACGCCAAGGCCGUUAUUCAGACCGCCAUUAGGGCUGCGGAGCUCGAAGACGACGAUGGCUGUUCCAAUUGUAAGCAAUUUUCUAGGCCUUUGAGGCUGUUUCAGACUCUCGUCAAGACGUAUAAACGGUGUGGUUCUGCUCCCUUCGUGUUUGAUUUAUUGAUUAAAGCUCUCCUGGAUUCUAGAAAGCUCGAGCCGGCCAUUCAAAUUAUUAGAAUGUUAAGGUCUCGUGGGAUUAGCCCGCAGGUUAGUACAUUGAAUUCGUUGAUUUUGUGGGUGUCGAAGUGCGAGGGGGCUAACGCGGGUUAUGCUAUUUUUAGAGAGGUUUUUGGUUUAGAUUGUGAAGUCAAGGAAGAACGUGUGAAAAUGAAGGCUCAGGCUAGUCCCAAUGUACAUUCUUUUAAUACAUUAAUGAUGUGUUUUUAUCAAGAUGGAUUGGUGGGGCGGGUGAAGGAGAUAUGGGAUCAAUUAACCGAGUCAAAUUCGAUUCCGAACAGUUACAGUUAUAGUAUUCUAAUGACGGUUUUCUGUGAUCAAAGAAGAAUGGUUGAAGCAGAGGAGUUGUGGAAAGAAAUGAGAUUGAAGAAGUUGGAGCUUGAUGCUGUAGCUUAUAACACUAUAAUUGGAGGGUUUUGUAAAGCAGGAAGUAUUCAGAGAGCUGAAGAGCUUUUCAGAGAAAUGGAACUGAGUGGAAUAGAGAGUACUUUCUCCACCUUUGAGCAUCUCAUCAAUGGCUAUUGUGAAACUGGAGAUAUUGACUCUGCAUUACUGGUGUAUAAGGAUAUGCGGAGGAAAAAUUUUAGUCUGAACGCAUCGACGUUGGAAGCGAUUGUUAGAGGAUUGGUUGCCGAGACUAGACUUUUAGAAGCUUUAGAUGUUUUUGGGUUCACCACAGAGGACUCCAACUUUUGCCCAACAAUGGAAACUUACGAACUUCUGAUAAAUGGUUUGUGUCGGGAAGGGGAAAUUGAAGCUGCAUUUAAGCUUCAGGCGCAGAUGGUAGGGAAAGGCUUUAAGCCAGAUUCGAAGGUUUACCGUUCUUUUAUCGAUGCUUAUACGAACGAAGGAAAUGAAGAAAUGGUCGAGAAGUUGAGGAAGGAAUUACUUGAAAUCCAGCUGAGUUGAGAAGGGGAAUUGCAUCCACAUUGUAUCUUCAUCUUCUGAUGGCAGUAUUGCAGCUGAUCAGACCAAAGUUCCCAUAAAAACUAGAGGUGCGUUAAACUUAUUUCUGAUACAUUCUUGAGAUUAAAUAUCUUGUAUUAUCACGAAAAUUAGGUUAGUUUGUAAAGUCAUUUAUGUUUUUCUUCAAAUCCGUUAAAGGUAAUCCACAUUUUGUGGUGGUUUCUUGAGAUUUCUUCAUGAUCUACAGCUUCAUGGCCAAUAUUACUGCUAGCAAACAUAGGAUUGAUCUGAAUAGUUGGACAAAUAAAAAUACCUAUAAGGGUGGUCAAGGGGCAUGAGCGCCCGAGCUCGAAAAUUGAAAACCAGCAGCAAGGGAUUGAGCUGCUAUGCUUUAAAUGUAUUUUAAGGUGGUAUUUGUUCAAAGUUCUGAGUCUAGGAAACAGGUUCUUAAAACUUUGAUGCAGAGGAGAACUGUAUUCAAAACCUUAUCAAUUUUUGUUGUAGAAUUUCAAAAGUUUGCACUUAUCAACCA